AUGGCCGCCCCUGCCAAUGCCCAGCAGCAGCCGCAGGUGCAACUGGUGGGUGGCCGCAAGGUGGUGGACGAGGUUUCCGGCUGGCUGCGCGUGCUGGACGACGGCAGCGUCGACCGCACCUGGACAGGCCCGCCGGAGGCCCUCCCGCUGAUGGAGCCGGUGCCGCCGUACGCGGUGCCGCGUGACGGGCACACGCUCCACGACCUGCCCGGGGAGCCGAACCUACGCGUGUACCUCCCCGAGGCGAAGGCGGAAGGCGGCGCGCGCCUGCCCGUCAUCCUGCAGCUCCACGGCGGCGGCUUCUGCAUCACCCACCCGUCCUGGCUCAUGUACCACCACUUCUACGCGCGCCUCGCGUGCGCCGUCCCCGCCGUGGUGGUCGCCGUCGAGCUCCCGCUAGCGCCCGAGCGCCGCCUGCCCGCGCACAUCGACACCGGCGUCGCCGCGCUCCGCAGGCUCCGCUCCAUCGCGCUGUCCGAGGACGUCAGCGCCCUCGACGACCCGGCGGCCGCGCUCCUCCGUGAGGCCGCCGACGUGUCCCGGGUGUUCCUCAUCGGGGACAGCUCGGGCGGCAACCUCGUCCACCUCGUCGCCGCCCGCGUGGGCCAGGAAGCAGACGCGGGCACUUGGGCUCCCCUCCGCUUGGCCGGCGGCAUCCCGAUCCACCCGGGGUUCGUGCGCGCCACGCGGAGCCGGUCGGAGCUGGAGACGAAGGCGGACUCGGUGUUCUUUACGCUGGACAUGCUGGACAAGUUCCUCGCCCUCGCGCUGCCGGAGGGCGCGACCAAGGACCACCCCUUCACCUGCCCAAUGGGUGCCCAGGCGCCGCCGCUGGAGUCCGUGCCGCUGCCGCCGCUGCUUGUGUCCGUGGCCGAGAACGACCUCAUCCGCGACACUAACCUCGAGUACUGCAACGCGCUGCGCGCCGCCGGCAAGGAGGUGGAGGUGCUGAUCAACCACGGCAUGAGCCACUCCUUCUACCUUAACAAGUACGCCGUCGACAUGGACCCCACCACUGGGGAACGAGCCCGAGAGCUCAUCGACGCCAUCAAGAGCUUCAUCUCACGCCACUGA